AUGAGCUGUUUAGAACGCCUCCUUAUCUGGGGGAGGGGUAUUGCAGCGUCCUUCAGGAACACUAACGAAACUGCGACAGAUUUUUCUAGAAGAGUAGAAUCUGAAGUUGAACGGACUCGUCACAACCUUGUUAAAGUGGUGAGCUCGUGUGCCUUUGCGAUCUUCAAAGCCAUACCUGGUAGGACCUUCUACAUAUGGCACUAA